AUGUACCAGAGGAUGCUCCGGUGCGGCUCCGAGCUGGGCUCGCCCGGGGUCGGAGGAGGCGGCGGUGGCGGCGCAGGGGGGCGCCUGGCCCUGCUUUGGAUAGUCCCGCUCACCCUCAGCGGCCUCCUAGGAGUGGCGUGGGGGGCGUCCAGUUUGGGAGCGCACCACAUCCACCAUUUCCAUGGCAGCAGCAAGCAUCAUUCAGUGCCUAUUGCAAUCUACAGGUCACCGGCAUCCUUGCGAGGCGGACACGCUGGGACAACAUAUAUCUUUAGCAAAGGUGGUGGACAAAUCACGUAUAAGUGGCCUCCUAAUGACCGACCCAGUACACGAGCAGACAGACUGGCCAUAGGGUUUAGCACUGUUCAGAAAGAAGCUGUAUUGGUGCGAGUGGACAGUUCUUCAGGCUUGGGUGACUACCUAGAACUGCAUAUACACCAGGGAAAAAUUGGAGUUAAGUUUAAUGUUGGGACAGAUGACAUCGCCAUUGAAGAGUCCAAUGCAAUCAUUAAUGAUGGGAAAUACCAUGUAGUUCGUUUCACGAGGAGUGGUGGCAAUGCCACAUUACAGGUGGACAGCUGGCCAGUGAUCGAGCGCUAUCCUGCAGGAAACAAUGAUAACGAGCGCCUGGCGAUUGCUAGACAGCGAAUUCCAUAUCGACUUGGUCGAGUAGUUGAUGAAUGGCUACUCGACAAAGGGCGUCAGCUCACAAUCUUCAAUAGCCAAGCAACCAUAAUAAUUGGCGGGAAAGAGCAGGGCCAGCCCUUCCAGGGCCAGCUCUCUGGGCUUUACUACAAUGGCUUGAAAGUUCUGAAUAUGGCAGCCGAAAACGAUGCCAACAUCGCCAUAGUGGGAAAUGUGAGACUGGUUGGUGAAGUGCCUUCCUCUAUGACAACUGAGUCGACAGCCACUGCCAUGCAAUCAGAGAUGUCCACAUCAAUUAUGGAGACUACCACGACCCUAGCUACUAGCACAGCCAGAAGAGGAAAGCCCCCGACGAAAGAACCCAUUAGCCAGGUUGGAUGA